AUGUUUGCGUCCAGGUCCUUUGCUUUUUCGGAAAAUGCGUUUGGUCCGCGUCGGACAGGCAAAGGCGGUCUUCCUCCUUCUUCGAUGACGACGACGACGAAGCAGAAGACGUUCGCGAAGAAAACACACCUUUUAAACGAAAGAGAGAGAAAAAGAAGUAAUAGAAGAACUCUUCGAGUCGUCAAAGCUUCCGACGAAAAGAGCGACGAAAACAACGAGUCCUCUUCUUCUUCGAUGAUGAUGAACGAAACGUCCAUGCAAGAAAUGCUCGCGAAAUUAGAGCGAGCGGAGAAGGAGAAAGAACUGUUGCAACAAAAGUUGGAGGAGACGAACAACAACAAGCGAGAAGAGAGUAACACUAGUAAUGAAAAUUUAACCAUCGAUGAACUGGCGCGAAUGAAACCGAGGGGCACCGGGACAAAGUCUCGAAUCGAUGGAAGCAUGCAACGCGAGCAGAUUUUCGAUUUCGGAAAGAAUAAGAAGGACGGGAACUGGUUGCAAGACGGAUUAGAAUUCGUCUCGAAAGAACAGCCGAGCGAACAGUUGACGGUGGCGGAGAUGAGCGAGGAAGAUCAGAACACGGUGAACAGACGAUUGGCGAUUGGGAUCGCGUUGACGGUUGGAUUUAUCGGGUUUGGGUUAAUUCCGGAUGAUUCUAUCGGAGGGAAACCGGAGAAGCCGUUGUUUUUUUACCUCGUGCCCAUCGCGAGAAGUCGAGAGAUUUUACGAAACUGCGAAGAGUUAGCCGAGGACGGAGACUUCGAGGCGUUGUUGAGUAACGUGAAAUCUGUGUUGGGUGAACCAAACACGAUUAAGAAGAAUCUGUUAACCGCGUGCGUGUUUUUAUCCGGAAGAGAAGAGGAAAGGGCGAAAGAGUUGGCGUUCAACAUCGUCGAGGAUAUCGAGAAGGUUGAUUUUAAGACGUAUUUCGACACGCAACAGAAAACGUUCGACGGGGUGACUGCGAAGAAGUACGCGGAUUUUAGCGCCAAGGCUGCGCACGCCGCGGUAAUAAAGAUUAACAGGUUCUUAGAGUUCUUCGACGCGGAGAGCAGACAGGCGGCGAACUCGCAAGUUGCGCCGUUUCAAUCCAGGAAAAGAGUCGUCGUAGAAGAGAAAGAAGAAGCGGUAUCUGUACCGGCUGAGGAGACUUCAGAUUUUUCUUCUUCUUCUUCUGAAUAA